AUGACGGAUCCCAGCUCCUACAAAUUCAACCAUACCAUGGUAAAAGACCCAAAGGCCAGUGUUGCGUUCUAUGAGAAGCUCGGCAUGUCUCAAGUCAACAAGUUCGAGUUCCCGGACAACAAGUUCGAUUUAUACUUCAUGGCAUACGAUUCCCCAAAGUCUGCUUCUCAUGGCAGCCACUGGACAGACCGUGAGGGCAUCGUCGAGCUAACCCACAAUUACGGAACUGAAAGCGACCCGAACUUCAAGGUCGCCAACGGCAACAAGGAGCCUGGCAAGGGCUUCGGCCACAUCUGCAUAAGCGUCGACAACAUUCAAGCCGCUUGCCAACGUCUCGAGGACGCCGGGUACAAGUUCCAGAAGAAGCUCAAAGAUGGCCGUAUGCAUCACAUUGCCUUUGCUCUUGAUCCAGACGAGUACUGGGUUGAGAUUAUCGCUCAGAACCCUGUCAACGAGACGGAGAACGUCAAGGAGACAGACGUCUCCACUUACCGCAUGAACCACUCCAUGAUCCGAGUCAAGGACAAGGACGUCAGCCUCAAAUUCUACGAGGACAUCAUGGGCAUGACCUUCCUCCGCUCAUCGGAGAAUGAAGCCGCUGGAUUCAACCUGUACUUCCUUGGCUAUGGUGGCAAGCCAAAGAGCGACGACUCCGUCAAUGGUGUUAAUCCUGUGGCGAGCAGAGAAGGCAUUCUGGAAUUGACCUGGAACUAUGGCACUGAGAAAGAAGAGGGCAAGGUUUACCACGACGGUAAUGCUGAGCCUCAAGGAUUUGGACACAUCUGUGUAUCUGUCGACGAUCUAAACGCAGCUUGCCAGCGCUUCGAGGAGAAGGGCGUCUCGUGGAAGAAGCGAUUGACAGAUGGCCGAAUGAAGAACGUGGCAUUUGUGCUCGACCCAGACGGCUACUGGAUUGAGGUCAUUCAGAACGAGAAAUACAAGCCUGCUCCAGGCAACUACUAG